CGCGCUGAAACGAAACGUAUUUUGGCCCUCGACGCGGCCCGUAGCACGCAGUUGCAGUUGCCACAACGUGCUAGGCUAGCAUUGAAAUUUGGGUUAGAGCAGCUAACAUUGUUGCGAGCGUUGACUCUACGUGGUAGCAGUCAUGGCAGAAAAUCAAGAUAUGUCUCCAGUUGAGAUGAAGGUGGCACGACAAAUUGAGUACUACUUUGGAGAUCACAACCUUCCAAGAGACAAGUUUCUCAAGGAACAGUUGCAGCUUGAUGAUGGCUGGGUGUCUUUGGAGACGAUGCUUAAAUUCAACAGACUCAAGUGUUUAACCACAGAAAGCAGCGUCAUCAUUGCAGCCCUCCAGAAGUCAAAGACUGGCCUUCUGGAAAUCAGCGAGGACAAGACUAAAAUCAGGAGGUCUCUGAACAAACCCUUACCUGAACUGAACGAUGAAUACAAAGACGCCCUCAAACACAAGUCUGUCUACAUUAAAGGUUUUCCUCUAGAAACCACCCUUGAUGAGAUUCAGGAGUGGCUGAAUGGAAAAGGCACUAUUGAAAACAUUCAGAUGAGAAGAAACCUGCAGAGGCAGUUUAAGGGAUCAGUGUUCAUCUGCUUUGACACAGAAGAAUCGUCUAAACAGUUCCUACAGCGUUCAGAUCUAAAAUCAUUCAAAGACAAUGAGCUGCUUGUGCUGUCAAGAGAAGACUACCAUGCAAAGAAAGCAGAGGAGAGAAAACAAUUCAAAGCAGAGGCAAAAGCCAAAGCUAAACAUGACAAGGAAGAAAAGCAGAAGCAGGCAGAAGAAAAGGAAAUGGGUCUGCUUUUGGGUGAACAGACGGGUUGCUUGCUGAAAUUUUCAGGAGCGCUUGAGAAAGUUUCAAGAGAGGACUUUCAUGAUUUGUUCUCUGGACAUGCAAAAAUUAAAUGGGUUGACUUUACAAGAGGGGCCAAAGAGGGCACCCUCCUGUUUGAUGGGAGUGCAAAGGAAGCUUUGGAUAAGGCAACAGAAGCAAAUGGAGGGACUCUACAAAUCAAGGAGAGUGAUGUUACAUGGGAGGUGCUUGAAGGAGAUGUGGAGAAAGAGGUGCUGAAGAAGAUAAUUGAAGCCCAGCAAGAAUCAUACAGCAGAUCCAAGGGAAAAGGUGGUAGAGGAAGAUCAGGUGGCAGAGGAAGAGGAGGCCGAAGGGGAAGGGGUGGCAGAGAUCAAGGCAGAACACAGUACCAAGGCAAAAAGACCAAAUUUGACAGUGAUGAUGAGGAAGCACCUCAAAGCCCAAAGAAACGAGAACUAGAAGGAGCAGAUGCUGAUGCCCCCCCGGCAAAGGUUGUCAAAACUGAAAAUGGAUCUUAAUGACACGGUCAUCAUCAGAGGGUUUUGUUUUUAUUUUUUUGAAAAACAUUAUAUACAGUGAAAAUGAAGAGAUGACUUGAUUCUUAAAUCCAUUCCAGUGAAAGCUUCACGUUUUGGAGAACUGUAGAAAGUCCACUUCAAUGUCGACCUAGAGAACAGUUUGAAAAGUAAGCAUGGCGAUUUUCAGCCGUUUAAGUCCCAGUACAUUGUGCCUCUUAUAUUGUUUGUAUCACCUAUGUUAUUCUCCUUACAAUGCCUUUUGAUUUUAUCAGAUUUAACAUGAAAUUCUUUUGACGGUCAUUUAAUUUCCACAGACACUUUAGUUUCAUAAAAAUCAAGUAAAUAUCAGUGUGCCAUCGCUGUCUUCCUCAUGUAGUCAUUUCUUACACUAUACAAGUGUGUUUUCAUUUAAAACAUGGGAUUUCUUCUUUUUUAAGUUUGCAUAUGUGAAUAGCAAAUAAAUUUUACAAAACUAAAGAUGUGUCUAAAUACAUUUCUCAA